AUGGCAACACGCCAGUUAACGACUGCCAUGUACCUCAUUGACAAGCUUGCCUUGCAAGCCGGUAAUGAGAAAGGGGAGGGCGAGGCAGAUACCGUCGGUUGCUGCUCCUUGAAACACGAAAAUGUAACUCUGAAACCGCCAAAUACCGUAAUACUUGACUUUCUGGGCAAAGACAGUAUUCGAUUCUAUGACGAAGUUGAAGUAGGCCGGCAGAUCUUCAAAAAUAUUAAGAUCUUCAAGAAAUCCCCGAAGAAGCAGGGAGAUGAGAUCUUCGAUCGGUUGACGACAUCUGGGCUAAAUAGACACCUUUCCAGCUAUAUGUCCGGCCUAACUGCCAAAACAAUGAAGCCCGAAGGCUCUGUUACUGAGAAAGUCAAGGCAUAUAACGAUGCGAACAGAACUGUUGCCAUUCUAUGCAACCACAAGCGAGCCAUUACUACCAGCCACUCGGCGCAGAUGGAAAAGCUUCGUGACCGGGAGAAAGCACUACAGUACGAAAUCUGGCGUCGUAAGCAAAUAAUGCUUAACCUGGAUCCUAAAAUCCGGGAAGCAUUGGGAAAUGGUUAUUUCGAGCGGGAUCGCUGUCUGAACCUGAACUGGAUCAAAGAACACCAGCUCUCGCUGGUAGAAGAAAAGCGCAAAAAGACCAUGAAGAAAUUAGAAGCGGAUCCGGCAAGACUGCAAAGAGGACUCGAACUGGUCAAGGAGAUGGAACUGGAUAAAUAG